AUGGUUUGGGAACAACAAACACUGGGUCAUUGUCAUGACUACAAAGUGGUGGAAAAAGGGCGUACAAAGUGUACACAGUACUGGAAUCCUGAAGCGAAUCAUGAUGUACAAGUGAAUGGUUUUACAAUAACCACUCUCGAAGUUGACAAAAAUCGAGAUUACACAAUAUCCACGCUUCUUAUUACAAACACAAAGACUGAUGAGACAAGAGAAGUUUGCCAUAUGUUGUACACAGCAUGGCCAGAUUAUGGUACUCCUAAAUCAGCUAAAGCUUUACUGCAAUUCUUGUCUUUAGUGAGACAGCAGCAGAGUAAAUUACUCACCAGUAGAGGAGAUACAUGGGCCGGACAUCCUCGAGGACCACCUAUAGUUGUACAUUGCAGUGCUGGUAUUGGAAGAACAGGUACAUUUUGCACUUUGGACAUUUGCAUAUCGCGGUUGGAAGAUACUGGAACUGUAGAUGUACGAGGAACUGUUGAGAAGAUCAGAGCACAGAGGGCCUACAGUAUUCAAAUGCCGGAUCAGUACUACUUUUGCCAUGUUGCUCUAGUGGAAUAUGCAUGUUCUAAAGGACUGCUUAGCACACAAAACGCCUCUGUGCUCCCUUUAUUGGUUGAAGAGGAUUCCGAUUAAGAAAAUAAGAGUUCUGCUAUCGUAUAUCGGAUUGAUGUUCUUCCCAAGUAUGCGUAUAUAUGAUAUUCUUGAAAUAGCCUAUUUCUAUCUUAAACGACUGAAAGUUAUUUUUUGCAUUGAUGUAACAAUUCAAGUUCUCGCUCUUACAUCCCAUACUUUAUACAAAAUUGAUUUUUUCUCAAAGUCAAAUAUAAGCGACCAGGAAACUUCACAUUCCUGUUUCUCCUGUCGUGCUUUAACAAAUAUAAUUAUAUACAAUUGUAUAAUUCUAUAUAAUUAUAUACAAAAGUGCAUCAAAAAGUACUAAUCACAAAGAUAAGUAUUUUAUUAGUAAAAUAAGAAUCUGGCAUGUAAACAAUUCUGUAUAUUUUAACUCUCUCAGAUAUAAGUUAUUAUCAUAUCAUAAGGUUAUAAUUUAUUUCUAAAUCUUUACUCAAAUUUAGAAAAUUUAAUUAUAGUUUUAAUCGGACAAUUAAGAGAUUAUAUGUAAUUAUCACAGUUUAUAUGUUUUAAUUUAGUAUAUCUGUAAUUUAAUGUGAAUCACUGAUUAUCUCUAUAACAAUUGUGUAUAGGUUUAAUUUAUAUUAAUUGAUUGUACUUUAUUCAAAAUUUUAUGUUUUCCUAUUUUAACAAGUUUAAUAUACUUGACAUAAAUACAAUCGAAUUAAAGUGCUUGAUGCACACUACUUUGGUACAAAAAGGUGUAUGAUAUAAAUUAGGCCAUAGAAAUAUUCUUGCGAAAUUAUAAGUAAAUUUAUUUGAGAGAGUUAAAUUCAAUCAUGCUAAAAUUGAAGAAACCGAGAGAUAUAGAACUUUAAAAAUAUAUGAAAAAUAUAAAUGUGAUUAUAUACAUAUAUUAUAUAAAUAUUACAUAGUUCACAAAUUAUGACAAAUGUGGUUUAACAGUGGCCAAAAUAUAGCCACAAUUAUUUAAAAUUACGAGAUUUAGGGAUUAACUUAAUAAUAACAUACGGCUUCUGCCUUACAGAAAUAUAGAUUACACUAGAAAAUAAACAACAUACUGAUAGAUGUUUUUGGGUAACCAAAGAUUAUCUGUUACAACAUGCAAGUGUAGAAAAAUCGAAAUUUUAAUAUGUAAAAAGAACUUUGGUUACAUAUACAAUCGCGCGGGAAAAAUUCCGUUUUACAGGGAUUAUUAAUCAGGGAUCAUAUUGUAGACUAAACAAUUUCCGACGCGACUAAAAAGAAAGCCUAAAUAAUGCAAGGCUUUAAAAGUUAAAUUAAGUCUUUACGUUAAUCGAAUAAACUUCCAAUUCAUCUGACAAUUAACAUAUGUUCCAUUACGAAAUUAUAACGAUCAAAGAUCAUAUAUACUUGCGAGCAUCAAACGUUUAAUGACACUUUAAGAUUUAAGUAUAAACUAAAAUCUCAAUAUUAAUACGCAAUGAGUAUGCAAAAAUUUUACCUUCAACGGAUAUUAUAACGUGAUGAUAAUGAUGAGAAGGAACAUAAUUAAAUACAGAAAAAAUGUAGGCUCGUUAUACGUAGAAACGAUGAAACUUACGCGAUGUUUAAAUACUGAUUUUAUACAUAACUGUAAAACGAGUAAUCUUCAGAUCAUAAAAAUGUCUCAUAUUUCCAGGGUAUUGCGAGAUGUGUAUCUUUGGUUCUAUACGAUAUUUAUUCUAGUAAAAUAAGCAGUAAGAUGUAAUGAGAGAAUUUCGAAUAAUGCUGCUUUCGAUA